AUGCCACACGACCCCUGUGUUUACAACCAAAGUCCUCAUUUCUCCCGCGGUCCAGCUCAAAACUUGCAAAAACUUGAUCAAAUCGAAGCUGGAAGUCACAUUCAAAGCUUUCCAUCCUUUCGAGAAGACGAAGACUUUAAUCGUCAGGGGAAUGUGCGAGUCAUGGGAAUUGUCUACUCAACUAACAUGGAUGCGGCGUCUUUUGUGGUGUUAGUGGAUCAGGAUGGUGCUGUCAUAGACUACUGCAGAAUGGUUCAUUUUACCAAGCCAGGAUUUGGCCCUCAAGCACAAUUAAAGAAAUUCGUGGAACGUCGACGUCCUCAUGUACUCAGACAUUCGCGGUUGUCACCCGCAGGUUAA